CCAUCUAAACUUACUAUACCUCUGGAAGUUGGUACUAGAGUGGAAGCGAAGGACUAUUGUGGCAAAUGGUAUCCAUCAAAGAUAAAGGAUGUUGACGAGAAAAACCAAGAAGUAUUAAUUCAUUUCGAAGGAUGGAGCAGUAGAUUUGAUGAAUGGAUUGAUUUAAAAAGUUCCAGAUUACGUCCCACUGUCAGGACAUCUAGUAGGAAA